GUUUGGAGCAGGCUGUUAUAUCCUUCUUCAGCGCGACCAUGUUCAAUGUCUCUCCCUGCUGUAAGGCACACAUUUAAUCAGGUUGAAUCGCAGUACAGAGCUCUCGCACACCUCGUGGUUCUCGUUUGCUUUUAGUUGCUGUUUGGAGAAUCUGAUGUCACAGGACGAGCCAAUAGAGCCAAUGGAUGUUGACGACGACUAUGACUUGUAUACAGCAGGGACUGAAGGUCAAGAUUCCAGCUCACCUCUGAAUGACAUUAAUCAUCUACGCAUCACAAUGGAUCGAACAUACUCACAGCCAGAGGAGGACAUUUACACAGCUGGUGAUGAAAUACCACAAGCCUCAGCACCACUGGAUAUUGCUAAGUUUAAAAUCAAAGUGGACUGGACAGAACCAUUUCCAGAGAGAUGGCAAGCAAGAUUACAGAAAGCCCUUCAGAGCUGGUUGUCCAGACUGGAAGGAAAACCAUCUGUCCUCAGCCUUCAACUCAUGGAGGAUCCAUCUUAUGCAGAGGUGCAGAUAACACCAUCAAUAGCUCUAGAAGCUUUAAAAAAGGUCAGGACGGUACCUUUGAUUUUUAAACAAGAAAAGAAGGAAGUGACUGCAUGGAUUUGUCCAGAUGAAACACAGUGUGUGACUGCAUCAUGCCAGACAUACAUGUCAUACGAAAACAUAUUUCCAACGCCAAAGGUAAACAGUUCAAUACCUGUGACCUCUGCAAUAUCAGAAGAUACAAAUAAUGGCGAGGAUGCUGCAGCAGCUAACAGAACUCCAAAUCAAGCUGAGACUACUAAAACUGCUCUUGAAAUCACUGUCCCCCUCUAUCCGUACUGGUACAUGCAUCAUGCUUACAGAAAGGAAUUGGAAGAGUUUGAGAAACAACAUGGAGUCUCUAUUUCUGCAGAAGUGUCAGUCUCAAUCAAACACAUCCAGGGAUCAAGCCCUGAUAUGACUAAAACCUCUGAGGACUUUCAGAAACUUGUUAAACGAUGUGUGGAGAGUUUUAGUAAUGCUGCUAUUAAUCAUAACAUGGAUUCAGAUAUUGUGAAGGGGGCCCUUCAUGCCAUUCAGUCAGAGAAGGAAAAAAUGAUGUUCACCAUGUCUGCCAGUGACUGUCUGUUCUUUGGACCAAAGAAAUUUACAGACAUAAUUAAAAGAGAGACAACAAGAGUGGAACAACAAUUUAAGGACAAACUUCAAAAGGAUGUGUUUGAUGAUAAGAUGACGGGACAAGAGAAACUGAUUGGAUACCCAGGUGACAUUCUUCACACAAGAGGAAUCAGAUGGAAUCAGACACCUUAUUAUGUUCUAGGAGCAGUGGGUGGAGCAGUAUGGAAUGAGGGAAUUAAUUUUAGAGGGCGAGGCAAAAAAGACAAGGGUUACAAUGAAGUUUCAAAAGACAGUUCUAGACAUGACAGUAAAGGUGCUCAUGCUGAAGAAGAGACAUGUGUUAUUUGUAUGGACAGCUUCAACGACAAGGAAAAACUGAAAUGUGGGCAUGAAUUCUGUCGGGACUGUAUAAAGAGGUCAGUCAAUAAUCUGGGAUCAAUCUGUCCUGUGUGUAAGGAAGUGUUUGGGAAAUUGGAGGGGAACCAACCAGAUGGAAAAAUGACUGUAACAAAGAGCAGAGCGAGUCUCCCUGGAUAUCCAGACUGUGGGACUAUUGAAAUCACCUACAACAUACCCAGUGGUAUUCAAACGGAAAAGCAUCCAAACCCAGGAAAACAUUAUCAUGGGGCAAAUCGUCAUGCAUACUUGCCAAACAACGAUGAAGGAAAAGAAGUACUUACACUGCUGCAAAGGGCUUUUCAUCAGAAACUGAUCUUUACUGUUGGGCAAUCUACAACUACUGGUUUAGAUAAUGUUGUCACCUGGAAUGAUAUUCAUCAUAAGACCAGUCCAUACGGUGGGCCUGAAAGUUAUGGCUAUCCAGACCCUCACUACCUGAAGAGAGUGAAAGCUGAGUUAAAAGCCAAAGGCAUUGAAUGAGGUUUAAAUGUUCCCAAAUGCACAUCUAAGCUUAUUAUUUACCAAUAAACCAUUUAGUCCUGGUUUCAAAAACAGGAUUUACACUAAACCAGGAUUAGGGAAUAGUUCGGUAACAAUUUAGAAUUGGGAACACUUAUUCACUAUUUACUAUGACUUUUCCCUCAAUAAAUCCCUAAUUUGCUGCUUAUUAAUAGUUAGUAAGGUAGUUAUUAAGUUUAGGUAUUGGGUAGGAUUAGGGAUGUAGAAUAAGGUCAUGCAGAAUAAGGCAUUAAUAUGUGCUUAAUUAGUACUAAUAAAUGGCUAAUAUUCUAGUAAUAUGCAUGCUAAUAAGCAACUAGUUAAAAGAUCGUUAUAUAAAGUGUUACUCAUAGUUCAGUUAGGACAUUUAAGUAAUUUUUUAUGAACAUGCCUUGGAAAAAACAUUAUUGGUGUGCAUAUUGAGACAAAACAAUUAGUGAGGUAAUUAGUGAGUUAAUUAUUUGGUUAAAUUAACUGUAUUUCAGCAGUUGCAUGCAGAAGGUGCACGCCAUCACUAUUUUCAAUAAUAUUUCAUGGUCCUCACCACACUGACAUGCCUUUUACUAUGUGUUCUUUUGAUGCUUUCAAACAUUUUACCAGUUUACCAGUGACAUUAAUUAAUAAUGGAAUCAUAAUUAAAGCAAUUAAAAUUUUCAGUUCUACUUUCAGCAGAGGAGGCAAAAGAAAUUGUAUCAUAUAACUCAAUAA